ACCACCAGAGUCCAUUCAGGGACCAUCAGGACCAUCAGGGACCAUCAGAAGUCCGUAAGAAAAAAAAAAAAACCUCAUGAGGAAAUUUGAUGCUGGCUCAUGUGUUACUCAGCUUUACUCAGAAACUUUCCACAGACUAAACAAAAAAAAUCAUACGAGCCAGCGGGAUCAUGGAACCGGAAAGAAGACGGCUUUAAUUUCAAAAUUAAAGCCCCCUAAUCCAGGCCAAUUCAAAGUCUGUGUGGAAAACUGUGACCACGCUGAAGGAACGUUUGAAGGACGUGGACAGAGCUGAGUUCAACAAAGUCUGGACAUGAAAACAUCUGAGCUACAUGUGUCACAGCGAGAGUGAGAGCAUGAAUUAUUCACGCUAACAUUAGUUUAACCUAAGAAACAUCAGGUUUUCUCUGAGGUCAGUGAACGCAUCAGGUUUCUCAAACAUCCUGCUGAGUUUCAAGUUGCUGAGUAAAUUCAUUCAUUCAUACAUGUUUCAGCUCUGUGGCGGAAACAGAACCUUUUAUGGUUGUGAGGACUCUCAGUCCUCCAGGACCCAGGACAGCUGGACAUGGUCCUGGUCUUCAGGUCUUCCUCCGCCCUCGGUUUGAAUCAGAAGGUGAAGUUUCUUUAUCCGGUUAAAACUCAGUUAAAAAGUAAAUAAAUGUUCAUUAAUGUCCCGACACAACCCUGAACACGCGGGCAGAGGGACUUUAUUUUGAAAGUCACCAGCGGAAACAGUAUGUGUGCUCUUUAUUAACUUGACCGAGUUGUGUCGUGUUUCAGUGGAGGUUUGUCUGUCGGAGAGUGUGUGUGUGUCUGUGUGUGAGAGCGUGUGUGUCGGUGCUCGUCGCUCUCCCCGGACACUAACGGAAUCAUGUCCCCGCUGCUGCUGCUGCUGCUCGGCUUCCUGUCCCUGCUCCUCUGCGUCCUCCGCCGGAGGAACAGGAGAGACGGCGAGCCUCCUCUGAUCAGAGGCUGGAUCCCGUUCGUCGGAAAAGCUCUGCAGUUCGGAAAAGACGCACAUGCGUUUCUGGAAGAACACAAGAAGAAAUUUGGAGACGUUUUUACAGUGUACAUAGCUGGUAAGUACAUGACCUUCAUCAUGGACCCUUUAGUGUAUCCGAGCAUCAUCAAACAUGGCCGACAGCUGGACUUCCACGAGUUCUCCAACAGGGUGGCUCCCUACACCUUCGGCUACCCUUCCGUCAACAGUGGGAAGUUCCCCGGCCUGAAGGAGGAGAUCAGCCGCUCCUUCCACCUCCUCCAGGGAGACGGUCUCUCGUCCCUGACAGAGAGUAUGAUGGGUAACCUCAUGCUGGUGUUUCGUCAGGACCACUUGGGGGAGGUGCCGGAGGAGGAGGGCGGCUGGAAGAGCGGCAGCUUGUACCAGUUCUGUUACGCAGUCAUGUUCGAAGCCACCUUCCUCACCAUGUACGGCAGGCCGCAGUUCGCCCGCCGCCACGGCGGGAUGGGGGCACUGAGGGAGGACUUCAUCAAGUUUGACACCAUGUUUCCCCUCCUCAUCGCUCAGAUCCCCCUCUGGCUGCUGGGACGGACCAAGGCAAUCCGCGAGAAGCUCAUCAACUACUUCCUGCCGCAGAGGAUGUCGCUCUGGUCAAACGCCUCGCAGUUCAUCAAGAGACGAUCUGAGCUGUUUGACCAGCAUGACACGCUGAGGGACUUCGAUAAAGCAGCUCAUCACUUCGCCAUCCUCUGGGCAGCUGUGGGUAACACUGUCCCCGCCACCUUCUGGGCCAUGUACCACCUGGUGAGCCACCCUGAGGCCCUGGAGAUGGUCCGACAGGAGAUCCACGAGGUCCUGAGACUCAGCAGAGUGGAGUUCAGCCCCAACAGAGACGUGUCGCUCAGCAGAGAGCAGCUGGAGAAACUCCUCUACCUGGAGAGCUCCAUCAACGAGAGCCUGCGCCUGUCCUCAGCUUCCAUGAACAUCCGGGUGGCUCAGGAAGACUUCAGUCUGCGGCUGGACAGCGAGCGCUCAGUGGCCGUCAGGAAAGGAGACAUCAUCGCUUUGUACCCUCAGAGUAUGCACCUGGACCCCGAGAUCUACGAGGAGCCUCAGACGUUCAGGUUUGACCGCUACGUGCAGGACGGCAAAGAGAAGACGAACUUCUACAAAGACAGUCAGAAGCUGAAGUAUUACCUCAUGCCAUUUGGCUCCGGCUCCUCCAUGUGUCCGGGACGAUACUUCGCCAUCAACGAGAUCAAACAGUUCCUGUGUCUCCUGCUGCUCUACUUCGACCUUCAGCUGGAGGAAGGUCAGACCAGAGCCACUCUGGACUCGAGCAGAGCCGGACUGGGAAUCCUGCUGCCGGCCACCGACGUACGCUUCCGCUACAGACUACGGACGGUUUAACCAGGAUGGUGUGUGUGUGUGUGUGUGUGUUGGCUCGACACACAGGAGGUGACGUCUUCUCUGCUGCCUCCAUGUCCAGUCGGACAGCUGAUGACAGAGAAUCAUCGGCUGCAUCGACUCGACUUUUAUUCACUGUAGAAAAACACAGCAGCAUCGUCAGCGAGUAAAAUCAGAUUCUCUGUGAUUUCAGAAGUUUAGAUAGAUAGAUAUACUUUAUUCAUCCCUCAGAGGGAAAUUGUUAAAUUGUUUAUGGCGUCGUGUUUUCCCAGGAACAGUGAAACUACCGGCUUUAUCUCCACCAGCCUGUCUCUGUGAAAACACAGAGGAUACUCCAAUGGAAGAACGGUCUUCCUCUGCUGUGUGAGUGCUGCUGUGUAAUGAGUCAUUUACCUGUUGGGAUAAAGUUACAGGUGUGUUCAGAAUCAUUCCCUGUUUCCUACCUACUGCACCUUCUUUACUGUCGGACAUUUUAUUUGAGCCUCUGGAUUCUGUGUCUUUAGCCACCUGCUGUGUUUCGAGUCCUGUGAAUAUACUGUAAAUACUGAGCACUGACGUAGGCCUGAACAGAGGCAGCUCUCAAUGAGCCACACACUAAAGUGAACUUAACAUUAGCUGUACACUGUGUUGUAUGACAGCGCUUUAAUAUGACUUUUGUAACCCUUUGUUUAGUUUUACAGGUCUGAAGUUAAAGGAACAGUCCAACAUGUCAGUAAAUCCUCCUGCUUUCUGUCCUCUGCUUCUUCCAGAGUCAGUGUCAUCUCUAUGUUUCAAAGAUGCUUCUAGCCUAGCUUAGCACAAAGACUGGAAGCAGGUGGAAAUGGUUAGCCUAGCUCAGUGAAAAGAGAAAACACUCCCCCUCCAGCAGUCGGAGGUCUGUCGGGUUUGUGGUUUGCUAAAAUGUGGGAUUGUUCCUUUAGUUUCACUGCCAUGAAAUAAUAACUACUCUAACUGUUUAACUGUGAGAUGCAGAACACGAGGAAAUGUUAUUUGAGAAUGUUUUUUUUUUUUAAUCUUAGAGUGUGAGUAAUAUGCAGUGAACUGCUUCCAUGUCACAAACAACAAGCACUAAUUGUACUUUAAUGUGAGUUUGUCCACAAGUUUAAAUGAACUGGGAUGUAAAACAUGUAGUGUGUCAUUAAACUCAUUUCUCUGGUGA